UUUGUCACAGUAGAGAUAGAAAGAGAGAGAGAAUGAAGAAAAUUGAAUCGGAUCGAAUACAGUUUUGACGUCCGCAAGGACAGCAAAAAACUCUCUUUCUCUCUCUAAAACUUUCUACUUUCUCUCUCUAAAAGAAUACAGCGAGGAACAGGGGGGGCGUCUACUGAGCACAGACUGAGAGAUGAAGAAACCCUAGAGAGAAAAAAGAGAGCUCUGGGCUUUGUUUUUUUUCUCCGUGCCACAAUUUUAAGCUGAAGUAAUUUUGAGAAAGAUACGUAUGUAAAGGAGAGAAGAGUUCGAAUUUGGUUUUCUAGGGGAUUCUUUUUUAUCAUUGUGAUGUUUUAUUGGUGGGCUUUGAAGACUUUGUGACCUAUUCAAUUUCCAACUCCGCUUUUGGCCGGUAGUGUGGGGAAAUUGAGAUUCAGAAUCUGUGUUUGGGAGUGAAUGUUUGAUUGUGGAUUGGUUAGUGUUUUUGUACAAUGGUUGAAGCUAUGGUAGAUCUGAAAAUUCGUAAAUUAUACAGAGAUUCAUGCGGAAGCGGCUUGGAGAUUGCUGGUUUUGCAGAAACGGUACAAUUCUAGUAUGUUCAGAAUCGAUGCUUAUUCCUUGGUUUUGGGCUGUCUCGGUACUUGGCUUGCCUUUGGAAGAAGUCAACACCAUAUGCACAGGCAGAAAGCUUGCCCACUUCUAUUGGUGCACAAUAAGCUUCUUUGAAGCCAAAGACCUUGGAUGUUGCGGAGAAGUGCUAUCUGGUUUGAGCAAUUUGUCCGGUUUUUCACGCCUUGCGUAAUUGUAGUUUCUUGAUUCUUGUUGUUUUAGAUAGUUGUAGCACUUCGGUCAGUGUGUUUAGUUUGCGCUUCUGGAAAGAUGGUACCUUCGGGGCCGCCCACACCAAUUGGUGGCACCCAGUCCGUUUCACCUUCACUCUUGCGAUCAAAUUCUGGAAUGUUAGGACCUCAAGGGGGUCCCAUGCCUUCCCAGACGGCUUUUCCUUCACUUGUGUCACCCCGUACUCCGUUUAAUAACAUGAAUAUGCUGGGAAACGUGCCCAAUAUGUCAUCCCUUCUUAAUCAGUCUUUUGGAAAUGGAGGUCCGAAUACUUUGCUUUCGGGUCCUGGAAGUAGCCAGCGUGGAGGUAUUGAUACUGGGGCUGAGUCGGAUCAACUUUCUAGUAUUGGCAAUGGUAUGGGUUUUAAUACUCCUUCAUCUUCAUUUGUAGCUUCGAACAUGGUGAACCCUUCUUCAUCUGGACAAAAUCAGGGUCAGCAAUUCUCGAACUCUUCUGGUAACCAGCUAAUGUCAGAUCAACAACAGUCCCAUCAACUUGAAUCCCAAAAUUUCCAACAUGGUCAGCCGGCAAUGCAACAGUUCUCUGCUCCACAUGGUUCCCACCAGCAACAGCAGCAGCAAUUUCAACAAAUUCGAGGAGGAGGUGGUGUUGGACCUGUAAAGUUGGAGCCCCAGCUGUCAAAUGAUCAGCACGGACAGCAACAGCAGCAGCAGCAGUUACAAUCAUUAAGAAAUCUUCGUCCGGUGAAACUGGAACCGCAACAAAUUCAGACAAUGAGAAGUCUGGUGCCAGUAAAAAUGGAACCUCAACAUUCUGAUCAAUCCUUAUUUCUGCAACAACAGCAGCAACAACAGCAGCAACAGCAACUCCUCCACAUGUCAAGGCAGCCCUCUCAGGCUGCUGCUGCCCAGAUUAAUAUUCUGCAUCAACAAAGACUCUUGCAGCUGCAACAGCAACAGCAACAUCAACAACACCAGCAACAACAACUAUUGAAGGCAAUGCCCCAGCAGCGUUCCCAAUUGCAACAGCAGUUUCAACAGCAGAAUUUGCCUUUGAGACCUCCUGCAAAAUCAGUCUAUGCACCUGGGACGUGUGCUAGGCGGCUCACACAUUACAUGUAUCAGCAACAACGCAGACCAGAAGACAACAAUAUUGAGUUCUGGAGGAAAUUUGUUGCCGAGUACUUUGCCCCCCAUGCUAAAAAGAGAUGGUGUGUUUCUAUGUAUGGAAGUGGCCGGCAAACAACUGGAGUUUUUCCUCAGGAUGUGUGGCACUGUGAAAUAUGUAACCGCAAGCCUGGCCGUGGUUUUGAAGCAACUGUUGAGGUUCUUCCCAGGCUUUUCAAAAUAAAGUAUGAAAGUGGUACUUUGGAAGAACUUCUUUAUGUUGAUAUGCCCCGUGAAUAUGAGAAUUCAUCUGGUCAGAUUGUCCUGGACUAUGCUAAGGCAAUACAGGAAAGUGUGUUUGAGCAACUUCGCGUUGUUCGUGAUGGUCAGCUACGAAUAGUUUUCUCUCCAGACCUAAAGAUAUGCUCCUGGGAAUUUUGUGCUCGGCGCCAUGAAGAGCUCAUCCCUCGAAGAUUGCUGAUACCUCAGGUUAGUCAGCUAGGAACUGCGGCUCAAAAAUACCAGGCUGCUACUCAAAAUGCAUCGUCCAAUAUAUCUGUUUCAGAGUUGCAAAAUAAUUGUAACAUGUUUGUAGCAUCGGCUCGACAGUUAGCGAAGGCCUUGGAAGUUCCAUUGGUAAAUGAUUUAGGAUAUACAAAGAGAUACGUUCGAUGUCUUCAGAUAUCAGAAGUGGUUAAUAGUAUGAAAGACUUGAUUGAUUAUAGCUGGGAAAAAGGGACAGGACCUAUGGAAAGCUUGGCCAAGUAUCCUAGGAGGACGAGUACUUCGCAUAGUCAGUCUCAACAGCCUGAGGAACAGCUACAACAGCAUCAAAAAGUGGCCCAGAACUCAAACAGUGAUCAAAGCUCUGUCCAGGCUGCUGCUGGCAAUGGUGUGUCUGGUGUAAAUAAUAAUUCCCUCAAUGCAUCAUCCACGUCAAACUCUGCAAGCACAAUUGUUGGGCUUCUCCAUCAAAACUCCAUGAACUCGAGACAGCAAAAUUCCAUGAAUGCAAGCAGUCCUUAUGGUGGAAAUUCUGUUCAAAUUCCUUCCCCGGGUUCAUCCAGUACUAUUCCACAGGCACAGCCCAAUCCAUCUCCAUUUCAAUCACCAACACCAUCAUCUAACAAUCCACCACAAGCGCAUGGUGCCUUAACAGCUGCCAACCACAUGAGUACCUCGAAUUCACCUGCAAAUAUGUCCGUGCAACAGCCAGUGCUUUCCAGCGAGGCCGACCCAAGUGAUUCACAGAGCUCUGUUCAGAAAAUCCUACAUGAGGUGAUGAUGUCCAACCAACUUAAUGGCACAGUUGGUAUGGUUAGUGUUGGUUCUUUGGGGAAUGACGUGAAAAAUGUUAAUGGGAUUUUGCCAACAAGCAGCAACGCAGGUCUCAACGGUGGCCACUACUUGAUGGGCAAUGGAACGGUUAACAAUAAUUCAGGUAUGGGUUCUGGAUUUGGUACCAUGGGUGGACUUGGUCAGUCUGCGAUGGUUAAUGGAAUCAGAGCGGCGAUGGGAAAUAAUUCUACCAUGAAUGGAAGGGUAGGAAUGCCAUCAAUGGCUCGAGACCAAAGCAUGAAUCAUCAACAGGAUUUGGGAAACCAGCUGCUUAAUGGGCUAGGAGCACUUAACGGGUUUAAUAAUCUCCAGUUUGAUUGGAAACAGUCCCCAUGAGAAAGGCUCUGUUGAUCACACUGAUAUUCCUGUUCUUGAUUACAGCUGCUGCUUGUGCAGCAUGAGAAAUGGUAGAAUUGCCUGCUGCCCUGUGUGAAGAUGGUUGUAUACGGCGAGAUAUUUACAGGGUUUUGCUCCCACGUUGUACUAAUCUGUUUUUCAUAUAUAAAAAGGAAAUUUGGUGGCUGGUUGUGGCUGAAGGGGCUAAGUUGCUGUGAUUUUAAAUGUACUAAAUAUAUAUAUGUAUAUGAGGUAGGUUUAAGUUGCACUUGGUGUAACUUUAAAUAGUACACUUUAAUUUUCCUCUUAAUCAAUAUUUUGAGUCCAUUUUUUUCA